CUCCAUUCAAAGACAACUUUUUCUCGCCCUUUUAUGAACUCAUUUGGGUACAACACGCAUGAAAAAUAUCCAGGGUAUGCAAAUCAAGGAUAGCAUAAUCCACAUCCUUCCAGCCCUGUUAGUAUUACUCAUAAAAUGGCAACAGACAAAGAUGGGAUAAGGAGAAGAUACAGCUUAGUACAACCACCAAACAUGAGCAUUGAAACUCCGUUGAGGAUGCUGGUCUUUGGCAGCUCAAGUCUUCAACAGAUCUCAUUGACACACUCUGUUUUGGGGCCGGACAUCUUUGCCAGAGAUGAUGUCAAUAUUACAGUUACCAAGAAAAGUUCACGGGUCAUCCAGAACAGAAACAUAACACUGGUCAACACACCGAAUCUUGGGGACAAUGAUUUGCCAGAGAAGAUAAUUAACACAGAGUUCAAGAAGGCUGUUUGCUUCUCCUGCCCAGGGCCUCAUGCUGCACUCUUGGUUCUUGAUCCAUUUCAUUUGACCUCCAUUGACUUAUUGAAGCCAGUGAUACACUACUUUGGAGAAAGCAUCUUAAAGCACACAUUGAUUGUUUUAUACCAUGAAAGAGGUCUGCAAACUUUAUCAAUAGAAGACGAGGUAAAGAAGAAUAAAAACUUUCGAGAGCUUGCUGAGAAAUGUGGGCAGAACUACCUCUUCUUCAAUGAGGAAAUAAACAGGACUGACUGUAGUCAGACAAACGCAUUGUUGGCCAAAGUAGAUGAGAUGGUUUUGGAGCAUGGCAUUUAUUCAAACCUGGAAUUUAAAGAUGCCGAAAAAAGAAUUCAGAUAGAGGAGCGAUUCAUCAGAAAGUCAAAGGAGAAGGAGAUCAUGGAGAAGUUGAAAGCACUGAAGAAUGAGCAUUCAGGGGAGGCACUUGACAGGGAGAUUAUGAAGUAUGAAGAAAGACUACAGUUGGAGGGCCGAGAGAUCGCAGAGCAGCUUGUUGCAGGGAGACUUGGAUUUACGCUCAGACUUGUUGAUUAUGCUGUAGCAAUUGGAAAAGGCGCAUUUGUAGGUGCACUUUUAGGAUUCACAAAUGGAUAUGAAGGUAUGGCAGUAGGUGCUGCUGUUGGUGCAGGGCUUGGUGGUAUACUUGGAGGUGCAGCAAAUGCAGCAUGGAGCUAUGUUACCAGUUCCUUUGCAGAUGUUCGCAGAGGGAAUACUUAGUGCAUAGUCUCAGGCUCAGACAGCACGCCCACUUGUAAAAUAAUUUAACAAUGAAACAAGCAAUUUAGUAGUCCAAACAGUGUCCAAAACAAAUUGAAAUCACAAUCCAGAAACAACAAUAGAAUCAAGGUGGCAAGAUGAAUUAAACCAACACUCCAACACUCUGAGCAGAAUUGGAAUUUACUCUGUAAAGUGGUUGUUCCCAUUUUUUUCUUCUUACUCUUUGCAAAUGAAAUAUUUUUGAUCACAAAAAAAAAUCACAAUUUUACAUAUAUUUUUAUAUUUACAUAUAUAUAUAUUAUUUUUUUUUUGUGCAAAGUUGUACAUUUUAUAUUUUGUCAAAGUAUCAAAAAAUAAAAAAUAU